AUCUUUUAGUACGGAAUUUUUAUUUUAGUGUGCAAUUGCCCCUUUGGUCAAAUUUCCUUAACUGUGAAAAAUUUCAGAAUUCAUAUUUCCUUAAUACAAAUCUAAAAAAACAAAUCUUUCUUAUCAACUUGGUUACCAACUAGUACCAUCAACCCCAAAGUGUCCCUCCCCCUCUAAAAUAAGACACACCAAAAAUCACAACAACGAAGAGAUAUCUACAAAUAGAGGGCUACUGCAUCAUCCUACGUCUACCUAUUUGAUUUGUGAUUGUAUUCCCACAUCCUAACGGUUUAUAACAAGAAAAAAAAGAAUAAAGUGUUCCCCUGAAAACACAAAAGUUUGUCAGCAAAAAGUGUAUACCAAGUGUUGUUCUCCCCCUCCCCGCUGAACCGUUAUUUCUAUUCCAACACAUCUACACAUCCUUAGAGUAAAUUUAAGCAAUAGCAUUUCCCAAAAAAAUCUACCGGAACAUUCUUAGCUAUUGAAAUUUUAGAUCAUCCGAAUUAGCGAGAGAGCGAAAUCCAUACGGAAUCAGGUUUUUUUUUCCCUUUAGCAGGAUCAUAACUAAGUUUCUAAUUUUUUUUCGUUAUUGCCACUGUACAAAAACAUAUACAUAUCAAUCAAUCAUAUCAAUAUCCCUGGCCAGUCACCACUUGUUUAGCUUUGGGUAUAUAUUUUCAUUUCUGAAGGAGUAUAAAAACGGUUAUAUCAUAGAAUUUUUUAAACAAAGGAUUACAACGGAAACAGGCUUAUUACAAAAAAAAAACUCAGACGAAGCUAAUUACAACAAUGUUUAACACUAAGAUAUUUGAAAACUCCAAUCCAUCAGGUUCUCCUGCCAUAAACAUACCGGCAGCCUCAGCCUCCGACCAAAUGACCACUAACAAUCCAAACAACAUACCACAACCCAUUGACAUAACAUUUAAUCACCGACCUUCCAUAAUAAAUAAUAACGCCCGUUUUAGACGAGAAUCGAUGGCAAACUCACAAGGAGCUGGUGCUGUAUCUUGGGGAUCGGUUACUAUCGGGUCGUGGUUGAAGGAUGAAGUUAUGAUGUCGAGUGGAAGUAACUUUAUGCCAUAUAAUGCCCAUCACCAUAAUCAUAUGCAACCCCAGCAGCAACACUUGAUUAACCCCCGAAGAGGGUCGUUCAGAGCCGGUCAUCCAAGUAUGUCUCCACAUUUGCAAACGUCAUACUUGCCUGAUUUGGAAGCUGACUAUUGUAAGGAUUACAGUUGUUGUGGUGAAUUAUUACCUACUUUGCAUGAUUUAUUGAGACACUACGAAGAAGCACAUAUAUCUGCAUCACCACCCCCAGAUACUAACCAUUUGUUGAAUACCAACCGGAACCGGAACAAUUUUAAUAUUCAUAAUGUCAUGGAGACAGUUUCCACCAAUGAUGUGUUUCUUAAUAAUAAUCAUCACAACAAUAAUAAUUCUAAUAAUACUAUCCACCCCACGGCGACUACCAAUAAUCUUGAAGGUAGUAACUACCAUUUUAAUAACCACCAAUCCCAACAAGCCAUCCACCUUCAACAGCAAAACCCACAAUUUGGACAACAAAAUACCCAAAAGCAACAAAGACAACAAUCACCCUUGAUGAACUCACCUACCCCCAACAACGGUGGCACUCCUAUGCAAACUGACGAUGAUGAAGAUAGUAUGUAUAUCGAUGAUCCUGCCCGUCAUCUCUAUGUUGUUGAUAACGAUGAAAACAAGCCAUAUAGAUGUCCAGUUAUUGGCUGUGACAAAAAUUACAAGAACCAAAAUGGUUUGAAGUAUCAUCGUUUGCAUGGACACCAAGGACAGAAUUUACGAGAGAAUCCUGAUGGAACUAUCUCAGUUAUUGAUCCUGAAUCCAAUACUCCAUAUUUGGAUGGAGCUGCUUUGGAAAAGGACAAGCCUUAUCGAUGUGAAGUUUGUGGUAAGAGGUACAAGAAUCUUAAUGGAUUAAAGUAUCACAGAGGACAUACUACCCAUUGAAGAAACGAAGAAGAAGAGAGUCAAGGCAUAACAUGUAUCAUAUUAUUUGGUUAUUUAUAUUCUUUUGUGGUUAAAACUUUUGCAUUAUUUAUUGUAUCUUUUAUUUUUUAUUAAGCCUUGUAUAAAAAUCUGUCUUUAUGGGCUUUCUCUUGAUUUACAUAUAUAUAUAUUUGACUCUUUUUCUUACGAGAGAUGGCCGAAUGUUUAUAUAAAUUUGUUUUAAUAUAUAGUGGAGAUUUUCAGAAAUAUAAGUUGUGAAAUUUAAAAUGUAACCAGGAUAAAAAUGGAUCAUUUUUCGGGUUUCUCCGAGGUAUAAACAGAUACAAGGCUACAACAUACACAUGGACACCAGACCCAACGACGACAGUCCAAUUGUAGACUGGCUCCAGUUUCUCGGAUUGGUCAUACCCUCCCAAGUUACUCGGAGUUGGUUGUACUUUACAACGAGUGCAUCAACCACGUUCUUGGUGUUGCUACCGUUGGCGAUCCUUCAAUACAACCACUACUACAACACGCUUAUUCCCAACUCAUCCUCGCCGGUGAUUCCAUUAAACUUCACAACGAAUAGAACCAACUAUCUCAGUAACUAUAUCGUGCCCCGAUUCCCCGAUUUCGAAUUUGAUUCUGAAUUAACCUACAUUUUCAACAUUGAUUUGGAAUUGCUCUGUCCCGAUCAUAAUCCCGAGAACACCCUCCAUAAAAUAUAUUACCAAUUGAAUGAUAACGCCGGCGUAUUUCAUCAGGGUAGCUUCAUAUUGGAUUGCAACCCCCAGCUAAUUUAUUCCGUUCAUAACAUUUACGUACCCUACGCUUUGCAAUCGUGGGUGUCUCCCAUUUUCCUGUCCCAGGCGCGAAAUCAUCCUGUGACAUUGCAGACUUAUGAACUACGAGGAAGAGAACUUGCGCUGAUUCCUCAAUUCACGAUGAAACUCGAUAACAACAGGCAGUACCUCAUUGAUGAUAAUGAAUCACAGCUUAGAUUCGAUGUCAAGUGGACUGGGUUCAGGUAUUACUUGGUCAAGUAUUACUAUAGCUGUUUUGCUGUGGGAACAUUUAUUUUCUUUAGUAUAAGUUCGGGAGUUUCGGUCUUGGUUAGUUAUGCAUUGUUGUUAUACAACGCUAAGCAGAGUUAGUCUGUAGUUUAUAGCUUAGAUAUUUAAUUAUGACACUGACAUACGAGCUUCUGUCUCUGUUUAUUUUCUAAUGACACUCACCUCGCAUAGAGAAGGACU